AUUUGCAGCAAUAAUUGCACUGCUGAGUGGCGAGCAUUUACCGGUGUUCCAGAGAAAGCUGUGGAAAGUGACUAUUUUCCUCGGACUUCCCAAGACCAGUAACCUGCUCCGGAUACUAUGAGGGGGGAAAAGGGGAUUUUCACUGAAUUCCUGAGAUGCAAACAUGAGAGAGAUUAGAGCUGUAAUUCUCGUUGCAUAAGCUGGAUCUCUGCUGUAGUUACAAGGUUGUCUGUCACCUGACGGUCUGAUCGGGCAGCUGGGGACCCUUAUUCUCAGCUGCACGGUCAGCAUUUGUAUGUGUGUGUGUGUGUGUGUGUGUGUGUGUGUGUGUUUUCUGUUCAAGUUGGGGGAGAGUAAGGGGGAAAACCUGGGUAACGGAGCGGAGAAACUCUGCAGCUGCUGCAGCCAGCGCGUCCUGUGCACGGCUGCAUUGCACAGGGGCUAGAAGGAGAGAUCACCAGUACUAAUCACAACUAAUUAAAAUGAUGGACAAAAAAAAUGCAAACGGCUUGUCUUCAAAAGCCCCGGAGAGCGGGGGCCAGCGAAAGCAGCUGCCCUAUUACGUGGAAACGCCCUACGGGUUUCACCUCGACCUGGACUUCCUUAAGUAUGUGGAUGACAUCGAGAAAGGGAACACCAUCAAGAGGGUUCACAUCCAGAGGAAAAGCAGGGGCCCCAAAUUCAGCACUCUGCCUCGGAAUUUCAGCCUCCCAGGCCAUGCCGCACGAAGCGUGCCCAGGGACACCUGGGCGUCAUCCUGCACCCUCGGACACAAAACGAAGGCACGCGUCAUGGAGGUCGAGAAGAUCUAUGAGUUUCGGCCAUGUGAGGGCAGGUCUCCCAGUUACCCCAGGGCACCUGGAGUCAGCUACAGAUCAGAAAAAGCUGUAGAGGAGGCCACUAUCAGAGCUUUCGAUGAGCAGCCCUUGGGUUUACAUAUCAGGCCACAUCUACUCAGGGCAUCCAGUAUGCCAGUGACUGUCAUGAGGAAGAGCUCAGAGUCUUCGGAGGUUCUUGGACCUCAAGCUUCUGCGGAGUCGUCCAGGGAGAAUGGCUCAUCUGAGAAUGUCUCCAGGUUGUUGGAUGUAGGGACCAGGAGGAGUGGCGUGCUUGGGGAGCACACAGGACUGCACCAACAGUUUGCCACGGCCCUGCAGAGGGUCCGCGAGCUGGAGGAGCAAGUCAAAACCAUCCCAAAACUCAAAGCACAGAUCUUAUUGCUGCAGGAGGAGAAAGAGCAGCUUCUCCGGCGGCUUAACUCCCAGCCUGUGGUCAACAAGACAGAGUGUCUGCCAUGUGAGCACCGGGAAAGUGCAACUCAACAGGAUCGUUUGGAGGAUGCAAGCGUUUCCAGCACCAUUACCGCAGAACUAAGAAUCGAGCAGCCUUUUGUUGUCCCUGAUGAUGAUGACCAGAUUCAUGAGCUGGAAUCAGAGGGACAAGAAGAAACAGAGAGGUCUGUGGAGCCAAAGUUAGGGGCACAAGAAAAAACAGCUUCUAUUACAGACCCACUUUUGAUACCGGUAACAGUGGCAGAGGUAACAGAAGUAGCAAAAACUGAUGGCAGCAGAGUGGAAUGUCCUUUGGAACAGGAAGCAGUAGUACCAGAACUGGCAAUGGAGACACAGGAAACGUUGUCAAAGAAUCUUCUGUGCCAGGAGGAACUGUUAGGGAACCCUUUGGCAGAGACACCAGGCAAGAACAUGGAAGCUGUAGGAAGUACUUCUACAAAUGAAGUAACGGUGGAAAGUCCUUCAUCACAUAAAGAAGCAGAACAAGUGGAGACUUGGCAGAGAAGUCCCUCAAUACAAGAGGCAGCCCAUUUAAGGCGAGGCAUGGAGAGUCUUUCUACAAAGGAACCACCAGGGCAUGAGGAAGCACUGAAAACAGCCCAGCCAGAACAAACAGCGUCAGAUAUCCAUACUGUUUUUGGUGAGGGAGAUAUGGAUCCCACAUACCAGCAAGCAGGUGAAGACUCUGAGAGUCUGAUCAUUCAAGCUCUUCAGGAAAAGCUGGCAGCCCUCGAAGAGCAGCUGUGUGACAUCAGAAUCGAGCUAGAGAAUACAAACGCUUUGCUAAGUGAAAAGAUCGAGGAGAAUAAGCUGAAGGAGGAAAAGAUCAAGGAGCUAAUGAAGAAGUUAAGAGUCUAUUCUGAGGAAGACAUGGAGGAUGCUGAUGAGAGUGACCAGAAAACUGAUGAUUUGGCAGAGACGGCACCUUUCUUCUCUGCUGGUUCACCUUGUGAUUUGUCUGUGAAUAAAAAUGCAGAAGAACUAACACUGACUUGUGAAGGAGCUACAGCCGACGAGACAAUGAUGUCCUCCAACACUAGUGGACAGCCAAAAUACCUGGCAAGCUCGAGCACCCAAACGGAUGCUGUAGAGGUACAAGACAGAGGGGUUUCAGUAAGUGUUUUAACAACUGAGAAGUAUGUGGAAGUUGGAGUGACUGUAUGCGACCAAGCUGUGGAAACAGAUCCCCAGGAGGAACCUUGCCGCACGGCUCAAGAGGAAACUUGGAAGGCUGAGGAGCCGAAUGUCUCAGUGGAACCCAUGGACCAGCAAGGUGCUUCCUCUGGUCUUCUGGAGGAAGCUGGCUGCUUGGUGGAGCUGAAGCAGCCUUGCCAGUUGGACCCAGGACAUCAGCGCUAUGAGCAGGAUGGAGAGGAAGUGCCGGCCACAAACGCGGCCAUUGGCCAGUACGUGACGAGGAUCCAGGGACUGCUGACCGAGCAGUGGGCGUACCUCAGCAGCGGACACCCUGAGAUCACCAGCACCCUCAAGCAGCCAGCCUCCAAGAUCAGCUCCAUCCAGACUCAGCUCGUCAGCUCCCUGAAUGCUCUGUCUACCUUUUACUCUUCACCGGGGCAGAAAGGGGCCACCACUCAACCAGCAGGCCUGAAGUCCAUCAUGAAGAAGAACGACGACGGCAGCCGGCCAGGAAAUGGCAGCGGCGGCGGCAAGAAGAACCUCAAAUUUGUCGGCGUGAAUGGGGGCUACGAGACGACCUCCAGCGAGGAGUCCAGCGGCGAGGACAACGUGGAUGACAGUUCUGGGCCUGAGGAGCAGGAGAAAUCCGGUGAUACCAGCCCGCAGGAACCCACACAUGUCGAGGCGGCGGGAUCCGACGGUGACCUGAGCACCCCGGUCCCAUGUGCGGACUCCCAGGACGACCCGCCAAGAGGGGAAAAGGUGGAUGAAGACUUCAUGGAGGCCUGCAUCUACCUCAAAGACCGGCUGGCAGAAAUCAGCGCCCCCGACAAAGAAAUGAGGCAGGUCCUGAUGGUGCUCUACCAGGAGUGGUUCCGCAUCUCCAGCCAGAUGGACUCGCUGGUGGACACGGUGACACUGUACCUGAAGCAGGUGGCCUUCACUGCCCCGACACUCCUCCAUUUCCUCAUCAACCUCGCGGACGGCAAUGGCAACACUGCACUCCAUUACAGCGUGUCACACUCCAACUUCGCCAUUGUCAGGCUGCUGCUGGACACGGGCCUCUGUGACGUGGACCACCAGAAUAAGGCUGGCUACACCGCCGUCAUGCUAGCCUCCCUGACUGCUGCCGACGGGCCGGAUGACGUGGAAGUGGCACUGCAGCUUCUCCGGCUGGGGGACGUCAACGCCCAGGCCAGCCAGGCCGGACAGACUGCGCUCAUGCUGGCCGGGAGUCACGGACGCACGGCCAUGGUGCGUGUGCUGCUGGCCUGCGGGGCGGACGUCGACACCCAGGACCAUGACGGAUACACGGCCCUCAUGUGUGCCUGCGAGCAGGGCCAUGCAGAGAUUGUCCGCCUCCUGCUGGAGAGGGGCUGUGACCGCCACCUUGUGGACAAGGAAGGACACACCGCUCUCUUCCUGGCGUCAAAGGCCUCCCACGCUGAGAUCGUCAAGCUCCUUGAGGAGCACCCAGGCACAGCACCAGCCCCCUCCGACUCCCACGAGUCCCACCCGCCUCCCCCACCGGCGCCGUAAAACAACUCCACCCUGUGGCGAACCAUUGCAGCAAUGACUCGUGUCCACGCUGCACAGACAGCACCCAUCACCCCGUUACUGGCAGACUGCAGUCACAUCAUUGCCAUGCCCAAGGGUGAAGGACCCACACUGAAGCAUCUUCAGCUCGGUCUUGGGCAGCACUGUAGUGGAGUCUUCUGGCAUGUACCACCGCCUGGACGCUGCAUCACGUAUCAAAGACACCUCCAACUCUUUCUGUGUCCACCUUCUGUAUGGGCUUUGGUUGUGGUCGCCUCUUUAUCGCUUCUGUGGAAAACGUACCUGCCGUCUUCCCCGAGGGUCGUGUCAGUCUGCCGCUCCUCAUGGUUCCUCCUGAAGGUUUCAUGGCAGGAGAAUGAACAGGCUGGAGCGACACAUCCGCCGGACUCACCAGUGACACUUUACUGGCUCUCCGGUCCGUCUGAGGUCACCCUGCGGGUUCUGGGCACACGCCCGGUACCGCAUCAACAAGUGAGAGAGUCUGUACAGCUGCCUUGCACCGCAGCCGCCCUCGUGAGUAAUACAGGAUGGAGAAAUUCGUGUUCUUCGGCAGAAAGCAACAUGUGAUUAUUCUGGGUAUGAUAUUUGUAAUGGCCUGCAGCUCUGCGCACUGGGAAGCUCCAAGCUGGCUGGGAGGCGGGACGGGACUGCUGGAGCAUGUUAGGCCUCGAUAAACAACCACAGAUUCCUCCCCCAUAAGACCUUUGUGACUUGAGAUGGUGAACAUAUGAAAACAAAAAGCUGGGGUCAUUAUCGGAGGGUAAAUGCACCUUCAGCUGUCUGUCAGGGACAGGGAUAGGUCUCACACCUGGGGGGGGGGGGGUAGGCUCAGUCAAAUUUACUAUCCCAGAGAGGGGGGACCUCUGUAUAUUGUUGCGAAUUUUGCAUGAUUGUCUCAUCAAAACAGACAUAUAUGCGGGCAGGCCUGGGGGAGGGGGUAAGGUUUGCAGUGGGCGCCCUGCCAUGAUGGACCCCAUGGGCAAAUACCACUCUGCCCCCAGCCCCCCCACCUUUGAUACUGCUCUACAAGUGUGCAAGCAGCUGGCAGUCAUGUUAACUGGGAACAGUACAAUAGAGGAUCCAGGCAGGCAUUCACCGUGGCCGCCCAUGUGCUCCCAGGACUGUCUGGGUUAGUAAAUUGUUCUGCUCUCUUUCCACCAUAAUAUCACUUUCUGAUGACAUACCUAUGUCUUCCUCUUACCUUGUUUUCCCAAGUCUUCCUGAAUUUUUGACAGGGUGUCCUUUAAUGUGUCUUGAACCGCUGUGACCCACUCAUAAACGAAGACUGGAAACUGCGCAGAUCGGAGCCCAGGCAGGGCGUGCUGCUGCAAUGGCACAGAGAUCAGAGAUCUGGCUGCGCAGGUGAAGCUAUCCGGCAGGAUCUGGCCGGCCAUGUACCAUUACUCACCGGCUACGCCUCUGUCACGCCGGCUCGUUAGUGCCGGAGACAGAGAAGCGGCACUAAUCUGAGCUCAUCCUCCAAACGCCUUCCAAAGAAGUACUUUAAUAUUUCAGCCGUAAUCAGAGGGGCUGCGGCCAGCAUGGCGCCCUGCCUGCAUUAUUACGGCGAGGGAACAGCUCGUCUGUUUCAGGUUUUCCGUCUUAACUGCCUCUUCUCCGUAAUCACCGCCGAUUUUGCGACACAAGGCAUCUCUCGCUCAUUACAUUCAUAUAUUCUUCCUGCAAGUGGUAGCCCGAGUUAAAAAUGUAUAUCCAAGGUGAAAGAAAGAGGUAUUUACAGUUCCCCACCCCCUUCAGUUCUGUAUCUGCCUUUUUUGUCUUGACUGCGGUAUAAAUAAUAUAUGCACACGACUUUCUGCCUCCUUUGUAAUUCAUUAUACUUUUGCCUGCUUUGCCUGUAUUACGGAUUGUAUCGUAUCGUCCGAUGUAUCGGUUGAAAUGCACGAAGAAUGUUAUAUUGCAAUUAAAUAGAUCUCCCCCAAUUUCAUAUUAUUCAGUACGAAGACGAUGCACCGCGUAUAGCGUAUGUGGCUGCAAUGGAGCCGAAUGGAAUACGUGUGUCAUUUGAGCCAAUACUGCACUUUUUUUUCCAGAAUACGCCACCCGGUUUUAUUGUCGGGAAUUUAUUUCGGGAGUCGAUGCAUUUUUCUUUCAGUAUGAAUAUUCAUCGUAUCUUUCUACAAAUCACACGCAUAGACAAUCCGAUGAGUUAUGUGUUUAUCUGAGAUGAGAUUUUUUUUCCGCCCGGUGUGUUUAUAUGCAGAGGGAUCCAUGAAUAACCGUGUGCAGAACAUACGCAUAUUUUGGUUAACCCUGUUUUAUACUAUUUUAAAAUAUUCUACUUAAAAUAUUUAUUUUUAUCAAAUAUUAACAUGCGCAUAAACGAAUUAUUCAGUGCUGUUUGAAAUAUGUUAGUAAGUGGUUUGUCUAAGUAUCUGUCACUGAAAAAAUGCUUGGCAAACAGAAUGUAGAAAUAUAUUAAUGCGGGGGUUAUUCCGUUUUAUCCCCCCCCCCCCCCAAAGUUCUCUCUUACCUACGAACUGUAGUUUUAUUACCUUUUUUUGGAUUUCGUUUUGGUUAAACCGGAAGUUUCCCAGGUCUUAAGUCAUACCUAUUAAAGUCAGCCAAAAAUAUAAUGCAUUUGCAAGUGUGUGUGUUAUGACUUAUACUAUAAAAGGGAAUUAAUAAGUACAAAGAAAAAGUAUAUACUUUUUGGUAAUUCAUCCCAGUAUUUCAGUGCAUUAUCAGUGUGAAAUGAAUAUAUUAAAUAUGGUUUUGCAAAAGUC